ACUUUUUGGACACCACAUCACACCUCAAGAAGCAACCAAGAACGCGCGCGGCUGGCUGCAGAUCAUCGACGGCGGAAGGAAAGCAACCCAUAACGAUCUCUUCUAUCCGACCGGCCAUGGACCCGCGGUGCGGCGGCCACUGGGAGAGCUCCUCGGAGGACGUGACGAGGUCGCUGCUGCCCCUGCACGACAUCACGGCGGACGGCGACGCCCGCCGCUCCUCCUGCCCGCCGCUCGUCGCGUCGCUGCUCGCCAACGGGUACCUGUCGAUCGCGGCCGGCCCGCUGGCCGCCGCGCUGAUCUGCGCGCUCGUCGACCUGGGCCCCGAGCACGCCGCGGCGCGCAACAUGCUGGGCGUGCUGGCGUGGGUGUUCAUCUGGUGGAUCACCGACGCCGUGCCGCUGGCCGUCGCGUCCAUGGCGCCGCUCUUCCUCUUCCCCGUCUUCGGCGUCUCCUCCGCCGACGCCGUCGCCAAGUCCUACAUGGACGACGUCAUCUCCCUCGUCCUCGGCAGCUUCAUCCUCGCCCUCGCCAUCGAGCACUACAACAUCCACCGCCGCCUGGCGCUCAACAUCACGUCGCUCUUCUGCGGGGACCCGGUGAAGCCGGCGCUGCUGCUGCUGGGCAUCUGCGGCACCACCAUGUUCAUCAGCAUGUGGAUCCACAACACGCCCUGCACCGUCAUGAUGAUGCCCGUGGCCACGGGGAUCCUGCAGAGGCUCCCCGGCGACGCGGCCGCCGGCGCCGACGCGCGCGAGUUCAGGCGCUUCUCCAAGGCGGUGGUGCUCGGCGUCGUGUACGCUUCGGCGAUCGGCGGGAUGGCCACGCUGACGGGAACGGGCGCCAACAUCAUCCUGGUGGGGAUGUGGUCCACCUACUUCCCGGAGCAGGAGCCCAUCACCUUCAGCUCCUGGAUGUCCUUCGGCCUCCCCAUGUCGCUCCUGCUCUUCGCCGCGCUCUGGGCCACGCUCUGCCUCAUGUACUGCUCCAGCAACACCGGCACGGCGCUCUCCGCUUACCUUGACCGCACCCAUCUCAGGAGGGAGCUCAGCUUGCUUGGUCCAAUGGCUUUUGCAGAGAAGAUGGUUCUUGCCGUUUUCGGGGGCCUGAUUGUCCUGUGGAUGACGAGGAGCAUCACAGACGACAUCCCCGGGUGGUCCGUCCUCUUCCACGGCAAUGUCGGCGAUGGAACGGUCACUAUCAUGAUGGCGACGCUGCUCUUCAUAAUCCCGAGCGGCAAGAGCGACGGCGAGAAGCUCAUGGACUGGGCCAAGUGCCGGAGGCUGCAGUGGCACAUCGUCCUCCUCCUCGGCGCGGGGUUCGCCAUCGCCGACGGCUUCAAGACGAGCGGCCUGACGGACAUCCUCGCCGGGUGGCUGGGAUUCCUGCGGGGCGCGCCGGCGCUGGCCGUCGCGCCCGUAGCGUGCGUCUUCAGCGGCCUCAUCACCGAGUUUACCUCCGACGACGCCACCACCACGCUGGUGCUGCCGCUGCUGGCGGAGCUGGGCAGGAGCAUCGGCGUGCACCCGCUGCUGCUCAUGGUGCCCGGCGCCGUCGGCGCGCAGCUCUCCUACCUGCUGCCCACCGGGUCGCCCGGCAACUCCGUCGGCUUCAGCACCGGGUACGUCACCAUCAAGGACAUGGUGGUCACCGGCAUGCCCAUCAAGAUCGUCGGCGUUGCCGCUCUCACGCUCCUGCUGCCAACGCUAGGUGUUGCGGUUUUUGGCAUGGAUCAGAAGGUAUAGGAACGUACUACCGAAAAUUCAGUUGGAUUUUUUGAACAUUUCAAUUUGUAGACCGUAGGUCACUAGUAGUAUCUAGUAGGAGGAUAUUGAGGUUGUUGUACAGUGUAUAGUCAGUGUCAUUGCCUCAUGAAGGAUAUGGGGUGGUCAUAUUCUUUUCUGUAUCUAUAUUAUCUAAUUUGUAUCGAGCGGUUCCAUUUCCAUGUGAAUAUACUGAAAUCAUCUGGUGCA